AGUAAUAUAAUACAAAUAUAACAGCUUCUUUGUGUUUGUAAUAGGGUCUCAUUUCCCUGUGUCAUUUAUCUGAAAUUCCAGGCAGAUGUGAAGCGAUUGUUGUUUAUUUUGCCGCCCCUUCACAUUUUGCCGCCCCGUGCGAGUGCACGGGAUGCACGGUCCUUAGCGCCGGCCCUGAAUAAACCCAACACAAAGGUUAAAAACAGCAGCAAAAUGGUGGAUAAGGCAAACAGUUUCCAUCAGUUGGCAUCCGCAAAACCACCUACUGAAAUGAGUUUUGAGGGUAACUUAGCCGAUAAUUGGGUGUUUUUUAGGCAAAAAUUUGCAAUAUACCUAAAGGCAACAACGCUGGAAAAAGAAGAAGAUUCGUCCAAAGCGGCACUUCUACUAAACAUGGUUGGUGACCGAGUCAUACAAAUAUACAACAAUUUAGUCUUUGAAAAACCAGAAGACAAGGAUUCGUAUACGAAAAUAUUUGACAAAUUGAACGAAUAUUUCAUACCUACCAAAAAUGUUACGUAUGAAAGAAACGUCUUUUUUACUAGAGAGAUGGGGAUCGAUGAAACGGUGGAUGAGUAUGUCAACGCAUUGCGACAUCUUAGCAGUUCGUGUGAAUUUCAAGAUUUAACUGACAGUCUAAUAAAAGACAGGUUAGUCUUGGGCAUUCAAGACAGAAGUGUAAAAGACCGAUUGUUUCGAGAGUCAAAUGUGGACUUGAAGAAAGCGAUUGAAAUUUGCAAGGCGUCCGAGCUAGCACGAAAGCAGAUACAGCAGUUAUCUUCCGCAAAGGUAGAUGUAGUCCGAGAUGUAGUCAAACAGCACAAGAAGUACGGAUCGGGAACAGCAGGGCAUAAGCAAACAAACAGAGGGAAAACUCAAGCAAACCCACAACCGAGGGAGGUACCGAAGAAAGACGGAUGUUAUUGUUGCGGAGGCGACCAUCCCCGUGACAAGCUGAUGUGUCCCGCUAGAUCAGCUGUUUGUAAUAAAUGUAAGAAGGUAGGUCAUUAUGCCAGAGUAUGUAAAUCUAUCAAUACAAUUACGUGUAAUACAGUCUCUAACAACAUUAAAAAGCUUUAAACGCGCAUUAAUAUCAUACCUACUGGAGAAGGAAUUUUAUUCCCUUGAAGAAUAUUUUAAUUCGUUGUAAUGUCUUGUAUGUUUUAUAUGUAACAAUGUAA